AAGUAGGAAACUGCAACACUGUAAGUAAGAGUGCAACAGGUGAAAGUGUGGAGGCUAAGUUGAGUAGUUGAUGAAGUAGGACACGAGAGGACGAGCGUUCUUGUGCGCAUUCAAUAUGCAGUUUGGGUUCUCCUGAGCGAUGUAUUGUAGUUGUACUAAAAUGUGUAUGUAGCAGCAACAGGAGCCCUCCAAAAUGACCCCCUCCACCUCCUCUGCCCUGGCGGUCCUAGCAGCACUCAUCGCCCCUCUCCUGAUCACAACGGGACUGAUUGUCUGGGACAUGAAAUGGAAGGGCCACGCGGUCGCACUGAAUCUCUACAAAUGCGCGGUCGCUUGCGUGUUUUUCUUUCUCACAGCCACGUUUCUCGGCUUUGCUCGCCUGUCUGCAUGGUCCUCUUCUUCCACGGGAGGUGAGGGCAAGAACACCAACACAUCUUCCUUGGCAGAACUUCUGGACCAGGAGGAGGAAUCAACUUUCUACGGCUCGGCAGACUACACACUUACCCAGGUCUUCGUAUUGAUUGUCAGCGGGACUAUCGGGAUCACGAUCGGCGACGUGUUUUGGCUCUCCGCCGUGCAACUGAUUGGGGCGAAAAAAGUGGUUCUGGUCGACAGUUUGAAGCCGUUUCUGGCGAUUUACUUCGGGUCUGUGUGGCUAAACGAGGACAUCGAGUCGAUUGCGAAGUUUCUCAUCGGGCUGUGCUGCACCAGCGUGGGCAUCAUUGUGAUCACGAAAGAUACGGAGGAUGGAGACAACACUAAGGAAGACCACAGAUCAUGUUCCGCACCUGCAGUGCGGGAGCAGGAAAAGGACGAGGAUGAGAUCGAGAAACCUGUCGAUCAUGGGGCUGCACCAGCCGCUCCCGAUGAAACCACACCCGCGCCCACCGCGGAGCAGGCUUUUGAUCCUCGUGCACGACGAGAACAACACCUCGUCCUGGCAGAUAAUGAAGAUUGCGAUGCGAGUGCGGUCCUUAAUAUCACCGCUCUUGAUGCAAGAACGACCGAAGAAGCAACGAAAACCGACCUACUUGAAGCUGAGCAGCUACAAGAACGACCGAGAUUUACCACCAGCACAGCUCCUUCCAGCGAUCAUGGCGGUGGUGCUCUAGUAGAUGAGGAAUCAGAAAUAUUGCGUCAGAUGAUUGAAGAUUCAGAUGCACGAAACCCUUCGCAGCUGAAGAUCGUACUAUCGACGUCGACCUGCGCGCAACAAACUUUAACAUGCAGUAGCGCAACCGAUACCGAGCCUGCUGGAGCUCCUGGUGCUGCAUUGCCUCCAUCUAGUACUUCCACCUGUCCGUGUUGCGACGGCGCAGUUCUCAGUCCCUCAGAUGUCAAAAUAACUUCCACGACUGGGGGUGCUGCAACGGCGGCUAGCGGCUAUGAAAAUGAGCCCGAUGCUGAUGCUUUUGUUGUAGUAGCGGAAAGGAAAAAUACUCACUGUCGACUGCCCAAGCGGACGAGCAGGUGUAACAAGCACAAGCACGAAGAUUCCAUGGAGGAAAGGGAAAGCAACCUGCAAAAAGUAAACCGCUUAGUGAAAAAUGACCGGCAGGUCCAAGGCUUCAUUGCAGCCGCGUUGAACGUGAUUUUUGACGUGGGCGCGGCAGUGAUGGCGAAGAAAUACUGCCGGCACUGGUCCGCCUUGGACGUGAAUUGGAUCAGGUUCGGGACGACGGCGGUGUCGAUUGGAGUUUGCACAGUUGUCGCAAGGAAGCUGGUUGCUGUGUACGAUGUGAAAAGGCGGGAGCACGACCCCACGGGACGAGGUGACGGAGAUGGAGAAUCAGCACCACAAGCUGCUCCACUUGAUGAAAAUCCGCCGACCGUUUGCGUUUCCGGAACGACAGCUCCAAAAGCCUACCAAUGGUAUGAAAUGCCCCAGGAGAUCUCGCUAGCGCAUUUGCGAUGUAGAAGUAAGUGCGGAAGCAGAAAACGGGCAAACAAGGACGAACAAGACAAAGACUCAAUCGCCGCGCUGGAAACACCUCCCCGAGAAAACCUCGAUUUUCUUGAGCAACGAAGACAAAAAUCCGCUUGUCUGUGGAUCACGGCCGCGGUUUUUUUCGUCACUUUUCUCGGGCCAACACUGGCGACCAUAGCGCUGUUCGAACUCCCAGUUGCGCUAGUGAUCGCGUUGACCAGUAUUGGACCGCUGUAUGCGCUUCCCAUGCUGUAUUUGCUGAAUUACCCCGAGAAAAAACCAACGAUGAUUGGAGUAACUGGUGCCGUUUUGACUGUUACUGGAGUGGCGAUUUUGACUUUGAUCUAGCAGUAAAAGUCUCGCUGAUGCUGUGCAGAAUUGCUCCUGGUGGACGACUCGUCCACCAGGAUUCGAAAUACCAGGUCGUUGUUCAAAAACGAAAAGUCGAAAAGGCUUGCUCGGUGUAGUUCAGAAUCGUACUUCUUGUGGUAUGCAACGUUGAUGUGAUGUGAUGAUGAUUUUUCCUCGCUCGUUGAU